AUGAAAUGUCCUUCCAAAUCAGAGUGUAUCCAAUUAGGUGGACAAUGUGAUUUAUAUGCAAGUAAAUUUUGUGUCAACUCUGACUGCUUCUAUUCCGAUGCCUCGCCUGGUAAUUGUACUGCCUUUAUACCAGAGAAUGGAAACUGUUCAUCGGGUGGUGUAGCUUGUUCUCCAGGUCUUUCGUGCUACGAUGGCAAGUGUGUCCAAUAUGGAUAUACUCAAAAUGGUGAAUCGUGCACUCAAUCUUCUCAAUGUUCAAAAGGAUUAAUUUGUCUCGGUGGUCAAUGUGCCCUAGGUAGAGAUGGUUGUGUCUCUGAGUAUCUAAACUGUCCAUAUGGUCAAUUCUGUAACACAACCGAUAUAAACAACAAUAUCUGCUCUCCUCAACUCGCCAUCGGUCAAGACUGUACCAUUAAUUCAAACGGAUGUCCUUAUGGAUCAAUGUGCAACCAAUACAGCUCUACAAAAUCGAGAUGCACUGCACUCUAUUCUCUUGGUCUAGGUCAAACGUGUAGCUCAACCCCAAAUGACCCCCUAACUCUAUCAACUUGUAAUCCAGGUCUUUAUUGUAACAAAGAUGGUGUCUGUACCACCAUACAAGCUUCAUCAAAUUAUCAGUGUCUCGACGACAGUUACUGUAACUUUAGCGAGAUGUGUGUCUGCUUGGAGAAUUCUCAAUGGGGUAAAUGUGUAGUUAAACCAAAUCUCGACGCACAUUGCCCCAGCGCUUUCAAGUCCUACUUUACCUGUUUGGCUAAACACCAAUGUGUAGAAGUCGGUAACCUUGUAAACUUAAACUCAUGCGCUGCAAGCAAGUGUGGUGUCGAAUACUGUAAUACAGAAGGCUGUUACUCUUUAGAUAUAGGAGAAACUAUCGUUGAUUGUCCAUAUGUAAAUCUUAUCAAUAGUCUUGUUUGUUCAAUUCCAUCAUCUUCCUCUAGUUCCAAUUCAACCAUGGAACCAUCUCUUUCCUCAUCUUUAUCUUCGCCUUCAAUCGUCUUGGUUUUACUAUUAUCAAUUUCAAUAAUUAUUCCUUUCUAA